AUGGGCCUUUUGACACUGCUGCAACGUGCCAGCUUGUCACACCUACUGGCAUUCGGAACGACAGCUUUUAUCGCGUAUUGGAUUUCGGUCUACAUAUACCGCGUCACUCUACAUCCGCUCGCGAAAUUUCCUGGCCCGAAACUUGCAGGCGCGACCUUCUGGUACGAGUUCUACUACGAUCUAUUUCCUCACAAGCUGCGUUUCCUCUGGAAAAUCGAGGACCUGCACAAUCAGUACGGACCAAUCGUACGAAUCAAUCCACUCCACAUCCACAUCCGAGACCCGGAGUAUCUUGACGACAUCUACGCCAGCGGACGCCGCAAGCGCAAUCGUGAUGAGUGGUUUUUCCAUUCCUUCAAGACUAGUCCGAUGGGAUGGUCAUUGUUCAACACAGUCGAUCAUGAUGUCCACCGGGUGAGGCGCGCGUCGCUCAGUGGGCAGCUUAGGGCGGCGGGGUGA